AAUAGCCCUGGAACAACGCCCACUGAAACAACGCAUAUCCCGACAUCGACAUCAUCUCCGACUUCGGCUUCGCGCUCAAAGACCGCCACUGCGCCUCAGCCCACGACAACACUUCUUCUUUCCUGCCCUCAAGGCAACGGCACUAAAUAUGACGUCCCCAACUCGCACAAGACGUUCCAGCUCGUCUGCGAUAUAGACUACAGUGGCGCGGGCCAGGCCACAGACUUGGCCAGCUUAUACACAACUGACAUGGAGGCCUGUGUGACGAACUGCGCAAAUUAUCCGAAUUGCACGGGCUGCGGUUGGGGGGUGAUCCCGGGCGAUGCAGGUUCGCUUCACCGCUGCUGGCUAAAAGGGAGUUUGGGAAAGACGUCUCAGUCGAAGCCGGGUUGGUACUUUGCGGUUUUACAAGGGUCAUGA